GUGUUCGCCGCCUCCAGUUUCCUCUCCCUGGCUGUUCUCGGUGCUCUCAGUGACAGCGCCUCCUGACUCAACCCGGGGCGGCUUUCUUCUGCCCACCCGCGGGAGCCUGGACGCCCUCACCGUCCCGGGACGCGGAGGCGCUCCUCACCUUCCGGCUCAGCCUGGGGGCCUGGAGGGCCCCUGCGCCCGGAUGCUGAGAGGGGCCGCGGGCCCAGCGAGGCUGCUGUGUGCGGGCCUCCGGCGCUCGAGGCGAACCGCGGGGACCGGCAGCCCUUAGGCGUCCCGGCUCGCAUGGGCCCUCCCACCCGAUAAAUGUGUCUGCUGGGGCGGCGGUGGUGGUGGCCGGACCCGCUGCUGCUUGGCUCCAGGUUCACCUGCGCCGUGGCGCUUUGCUGCCCCCCGGGGCUGCCAUCGCCCGCUCUUCCUCCCCUGGGCCUGGCCUUGCAGCGUGGCGACGAUGGACAAGAUCCUGGAGGGCCUGGUGAGUUCCUCGCACCCUCUGCCCCUCAAGCGGAUGAUUGUGCGGAAGGUGGUGGAAUCCGCGGAGCACUGGCUCGACGAGGCGCAGUGCGAGGCCAUGUUUGACCUGACGACCCGCCUCAUCCUGGAGGGCCCGGACCCUUUCCAGCGGCAAGUGGGCCACCAGGUGCUGGAGGCCUACGCGCGGUACCACCGGCCGGAGUUCGAGUCCUUCUUCAACAAGACCUUCGUGUUGGGCCUCCUUCAACAGGGCUACCACUCACUGGACAGGAAGGAUGUAGCCAUCCUGGACUACAUUCACAACGGCCUGAAGCUGAUCAUGAGCUGCCCGUCGGUGCUGGACCUCUUCAGCCUGCUGCAGGUGGAGGUGCUGCGAAUGGUCUGUGAGAGGCCAGAGCCGCAGCUCUGUGCCCGACUGAGCGACCUUCUGACGGAUUUCGUGCAGUGCGUCCCCAAGGGGAAACUGUCCAUUACCUUCUGUCAACAGCUGGUUCGAACGAUAGGUCACUUCCAGUGUGUGUCCACCCAGGAGAAGGAGCUGCGGGAGUAUGUCUCCCAGGUGACUAAAGUGAGUAACUUACUACAAAAUAUCUGGAAGGCUGAGCCCUCCACGCUGCUGCCUUCGCUGCAAGAAGUUUUUGCAAGCAUCUCGUCCACAGAUGCAUCUUUUGAGCCCUCAGUCGCCUUGGCAAGCCUUGUGCAGCACAUUCCUCUGCAGAUGAUCACCGUCCUCAUCAGGAGCCUGACUGCCGACCCGAACGUGAAAGAUGCAAGUAUGACCCACGCGCUCUGCAGAAUGAUUGACUGGCUGUCUUGGCCAUUGGCUCAGCAUGUGGAUACAUGGGUAAUCGCUCUCCUGAAAGGACUCGCAGCUGUUCAGAAGUUUACUAUUUUGAUAGACGUUACUUUGCUGAAAAUAGAGCUGGUUUUUAAUCGACUUUGGUUUCCUCUUGUGAGACCUGGUGCUCUUGCAGUUCUCUCUCAUAUGCUGCUUAGUUUUCAGCAUUCUCCAGAGGCAUUCCAUUUGAUUGUCCCUCAUGUAGUUAACUUGGUUCACUCCUUCAAAAGUGAUGGCCUGCCUUCCAGCACAGCCUUCUUAGUGCAGGUAACAGAGUUGGUGCACUGUAUGAUAUAUCACUACUCCGGAUUUCCAGAUCUCUACGAACCUAUUCUGGAGGCAGUAAAGGAUUUUCCUAAACCCAGUGAAGAGAAGAUUAAGUUGAUUCUCAAUCAAAGUGCCUGGACUUCUCAAUCCAAUGCUUUGGCAUCUUGCUUGUCUAGACUUUCUGGAAAAUCUGAAACUGGGAAAACUGGUCUUAUUAACCUGGGAAACACAUGUUACAUGAACAGUGUUUUACAAGCAUUGUUUAUGGCUACAGAUUUCAGAAGACAAGUGUUAUCUUUAAAUCUAAAUGGGUGUAAUUCGUUAAUGAAAAAAUUACAACAUCUUUUUGCCUUUUUGGCUCAUACACAAAGGGAAGCAUAUGCACCUCGGAUAUUUUUUGAGGCUUCCAGACCUCCAUGGUUUACUCCCAGAUCACAACAAGACUGCUCUGAGUACCUCAGGUUUCUGCUGGACAGACUCCAUGAAGAAGAAAAGAUCUUGCGAGUUCAGUCCUCACACGACUCUUCCGAAGGUCUGGGCUGUGCUGACACUUCCUUACAAGAAGUGGCCAGUAAGGCAGCUGCAGUGACAAAGUCUCCUGGCACAAGUGACAGUGAGAAGACUCUGAUAGAGAAGAUGUUUGGAGGGAAGCUGCGGACUCACAUCUGCUGCCUGAACUGCAGGAGCACCUCACAGAAGGUGGAGGCCUUCACAGACCUCUCACUGGCCUUUUGUCCUACCCCUUCUGUGGAAGACUUGUCUUUUCAAGACCCAGCUUCAUUAUCCAGUGUGCAAGAUGAUAGCCCAAUGCAGACCAGUGUGGCUGACCCAGAGGAAGAGCCAGUAGUUUAUAAUCCAGCAACAGCUGCUUUCGUCUGUGACUCCAUUGUGAAUCAGAGAAUAUUAGCCAGUCCUCCUGUUGAGUUUCACUGUGCAGAAAACACUUCUGUCCCUAGUGAAUCUGCGAAGAUCCUCAUCAGUAAAGAUGGACCUCAGAACCCAGGAGGUGAAGCCACACCUUCAGUUACUGACUUACUAAAUUAUUUUUUGGCUCCAGAGAUUCUGACUGGUGACAACCAGUACUAUUGUGAAAACUGUGCCUCUCUCCAAAACGCUGAGAAAACUAUGCAAAUCACGGAGGAGCCUGAGUACCUUAUCCUUACGCUCCUGCGGUUCUCAUAUGACCAGAAGUGCCAUGUGAGAAGAAAAAUUUUAGACAAUGUGUCACUGCCGUUGGUUUUGGAGUUGCCAGUUAAAAGAACUGCUUCCUUCUCUUCCUUGUCAGAAAGUUGGUCUGUAGAUGUUGACUUCACUGAUAUUAAUGAGAACUUAGCUAAAAAACUAAAGCCUUCUGCAACUGAAGAAGCUUUCUGCCCCACAUUAGUGCCCUACCUAUUAAGUUCUGUUGUUGUACACUCUGGGGUGUCCUCUGAAAGUGGACAUUACUAUUCUUAUGCCAGAAACAUCACAGGUACAGAGUCUUCGUACCAGAUGUGCCCCCAGUCUGGACGUCUGGCAUUAGCACCCUCCCAGAGUUGUUUACUAGGGGGAGAAAGCCCCAGUGCAGUCAUUGAACAGGACUUGGAAAAUAAGGAAAUGUCACAAGAGUGGUUUUUAUUUAAUGACAGCAGGGUGACAUUUACUUCGUUUCAGUCAGUCCAGAAAAUCACAAGUAGGUUUCCGAAAGACACAGCUUAUGUGCUGUUGUACAAAAGACAGAGCAGUGCCAAUGGCCUGCGCAGUGACAACCCAGCCGGGGGCGUCUGGGUCAGUGGAGACCCACCACUGCAGAAAGAGUUGAUGGACGCCAUAACCAAGGACAACAAACUGUACUUGCAGGAACAAGAAUUGAAUGCUCGAGCCCGGGCUCUACAAGCAGCAUCUGCUUCGUGUUCAUUUCGGCCCAAUGGAUUCGAUGACAAUGACCCACCAGGAGGCUGUGGGCCGACCGGUGGAGGGGGCGGAGGAGGAUUUAAUGCAGUUGGCAGACUCGUGUUUUGACCCUGAGAGAACUGAAAACGCAUCUGGUUGCGAAACAUCCAGUACUGUGGCUCUUAAAAUGUCAGGCUGUGACCGAUGGCACAUCUAUCUAACUUUAUUUUUCUUUUCAUUAGACCCGAGUACUUUAAGAAAACACACUUGGUGGUUGUUUUUAUUUUCUUGAAAUACAAAAUGCAUCAUGGAAAAAAAAAAUCUACCUCUUAAAUUUCCAUUUGCAUUUAUGGUUAGACAUGCUUGACCAAAAAUGUUGAGAGGAAAAAAGUGUACCUGGUCCCUAAUUAAGCUGCAUUAAAUUUGGUAGAAGGAUUUAAAUGGUGUAUUUUCAGUUUUCCUGAACAAAAAUAAUCCAUUUAGCAUUCUUUAUAAAAGAAUUGAUGCUAGAAGUUCAGUGCAUAUAGAUAGAUAGAUAGAUAGAUAGAUAGAUAGAUAGAUAGAUCGAUCUAUAUGUAUAUAUAUGCAUAUAUGCACGUUGUUUUAAGAAAAAUGGGAAUCUUUGUUUCUGGUAGAAUUGCCCCAUUAGUAAACUCAAGUUUUGAACACAGUAGGGAUGGAUGGCCGGUCUCUGGGGGCAGUACCAGUUUAACCUUCAGCUGUCGGACUUGGGCUUCUGCUUCCGCUGUCCUCAGCACCUCUCUUAGUUUCAGGAACAGUGUCUUUGAAAGGAUUAUUUACACACAUGUGGUGAGCGAAGUCACAGAAGGUGCAUGACCCUGUAAGGGCAGUGUUUUUAACCUAACUCUGUAGUAUUUCCAGUUGUCCAGGGACUUUAAAACCCUGUCUCAGGGAGUGCAUCCUCCUGUGUGUUAAAACCCUGUUUCAGGGAGUGUAUCUCCUAUGUGUUGCAGAGGAGACGAGUCCUGUAUGUGCCUUGCAGUACUGUAACUUUGGCUGAAGAACGUUUUCUAAAACAAAAUGUUAGGAAAUAAAUUUUUGCUAACAUUAAAAUUAUAAUUUUUUAAAGGUAUUAGAUUUUUUCAGAAGUAAAAUCUGAUGGUUCUAAAGCAGUAAGUGCAAUGAUAGAUUUCUAACUCUUAGAAAAAUUCUGAGAAAAUGAAGCUAGUUUAAGUAAAAAAUCUUCAAUUGAUUUGUUACUUAAUCCUCAAAACAUUAAACAUUGGUAACAUUUUUAGAGUUGUAUAUUUGGGAUUUUUUUUAUUUAUUUGAGACACAUGCCUUACACAGUUUCUGCUUCAUAAAGUACUCAAAUACCUC